UAUCCUUCUUGGAACAUCUUAAAGUGAGAAUUCAUGAUUGAGAAACUAAGAGUUCUGCUAAUGGAGCAUAGCAACUAGCCUAGCAACAACUCAGGUCAAAAAAGCUUUGAUCUUAAAUUGUUCAACCUGUGUAUUAAAUUUCAAAAUCAGGGACGCACUACUUUCGAGCCGGUGCUCUUUAUAUUCAUCCGCGAUACAUUUCAAUAAAUGUUAAUAACGGAUCGUUCACAGUUGAAAGAUUCCAGAUUUGAAACAAUAAGAUCAAAAUCAUAUCCAAAAGAGAUUUUUAAUUUAUUUGUCUAUCUCUGGGAAGAAGUGAAACAAUGAGCGGAAAGGGUAAAGAUGCCACGAAGGAGGAGCUCGUACAGAAAGCCAAGUUGGCUGAGCAAGCAGAGCGUUAUGACGAUAUGGCCAAAGCAAUGAAAAAUGUCACCGAACGAGACACCGAUGAGCUUUCAAACGAGGAAAGGAAUCUACUUUCUGUUGCAUACAAGAAUGUUGUAGGAGCUCGACGAUCGUCAUGGAGAGUAAUUUCAAGUAUAGAGCAAAAAACAGAGGGUAGCGAAAGGAAGCAAGCCAUGGCUAAAGAAUACAGAGAGAAGGUGGAAAACGAGCUUACAGAGAUCUGCAAAGAUGUGUUGGGUCUUCUAGAGAACUAUCUUAUAAAAAAUGCCAAGAACGCUGAAAGUAAAGUCUUUUAUCUGAAGAUGAAGGGAGAUUACUAUCGAUAUUUAGCUGAGGUUGCCACAUCUGAGCAAAAAGAUGAGAGUGUGACAAAAUCUGAGGCUAGUUACACUGAUGCCUUUGAGGUGGCAAGUUUAAAGGAUGGGAAUUCCGACGGCCUCAGCCCAACUCAUCCCAUCAGGCUGGGUUUAGCGCUUAACUUUUCAGUCUUCAAUUAUGAAAUUAAAAAUGACCCAGAAAAGGCUAAAAAAAUGGCCAAGGAGGCAUUUGAUGAUGCUAUUGCUGAACUUGAUACAUUGAGUGAAGAGUCAUACAAAGACAGCACAUUAAUCAUGCAGCUGCUCAGAGAUAACCUUACUUUGUGGACAUCAGAUAACCAAGGAGAUAAUGAUGAUAAUGCUAUUGAAGACAACUAACUGACACUAACAUUAAAAGACUCCUAAACAUUGAAAAGUCAUAAAAGCCUAGUACGUCAACCCUGUAUGAAGACUGCUAGAUACAUGCAGGGAUCUUGUUAUUACCUAAACCUCAGUGUUAUUAUCCACAAUGACAGUUCUACUGCAGUGCUAACAGCAGAGUGCAUGUGUCUUGGAAAACAGGGAGGACACGUGGCUUGCAUUUGCUGAACAUCUGUACUAGGAUUUAUAUAAUUAUAUGGAAAGCCACAGCAUCAUUGUGUGUGUUUAUACUUGGAAAGUAGGACACACGGCCAAGUGGUUGCCAUAUUAUAGAACAGUAGUAUCAUGAAGUAAGCAGACUGGCAGCACAUUCGCACCCAACAACUCAACAACCCUCCUAGCUAACCAGUUUCUAUCGUAGAACCAAGGCAAUAUACACCCUAAUUUAUUAUUGUACACACCUUGUCCCACAUGCUUGGGUUGUGUCUUGUUGGAUGUAUAAUGUCUUGCAGCAUGAUUUAGCAAAUAUAAUCUUUUCAUACAUUUCACACCACAUACAUUGAUGUGUUAUAUUAUAAUGUUAUUUUGUUUUUUUUGUAUCAUUGCAUUAAUGAUGUGAUAGGCAGGUUACUGGUAGUUAGCAAGUUCCCCGUGUCUUUGUACUACAAAAUAGCUGAAGUCACAUCUAUUGUCGUUGUGGUCAAGUCCACGUCCACGCCUAAGAGGUUGUAAUUCAAGCCUGUAACUUAUUAAUACUUAGUGCUUUUCUCAAAUGGCCAAAUUGUGAUAUACUGUAAAGCAAAAAUUAUUAAGUCAAUUUGCAAAGUGCAUU